AUGACUCGAAGUUCACACCCUGUUCAUGCGCACAUAUUGGACUUUGACGACGAUUUCGAACGAACUUUGAGAAGGAAGAGGAAGCAGCCAGAACUCAAUCCCUCUAGUUCUAGUUCCAAACCUGAAUCUGAAGCUGAAACGGACUUUGAAGAGGAACAAGACAUGGCUGUAGACAAUCGAACAAUCAAGGAACUUUCAGCCUCUGGAUUGGACACUGCAGUCCCUCUUUGCAUUCAAUACCCUAGGGCAGCUGUAGGUAAGACCGAUGAGUUUGAAUUGAAGUCGAGUUUGCUACAUCACAUUCCCAAAUACCAUGGGCUGUCCAUGGAAGAUCCAAACAAGCAUUUGAAGGAAUUUGAAGUAGUAUGUUCAAGCAUGACACCCAUUAACGUGGAUGGGAAUAUUUUGAAGAUGAAAGCCUUCCCAUUCUCUCUUAUGGACAAGGCUAAAGAUUGGCUCUAUGAACUAGCACCUGGAACCGUUACUUCUUGGGAAAGUAUGAAGAAAGCAUUCUUAGAGAAAUUCUUCCCAACUUCAAGAGUCAUUCUUUUGAGGAAGAAAAUUAGUGGAAUUCAACAAGGCCCGGGAGAAUCCUUUCCAGGGUACUAUGAGCGUUUUAAGACGUUAGUUGCAUCCUGCCCACAACAUCAAAUGAAGGAAGAGCUUUUAAUUCAAUAUUUCUAUGAAGGACUACUUCCACUGGAGAGACAAAUGCUUGAUGCUUCAGCGGGAGGUGCUUUGGUUGACAAAACACCAGUUGCUGCAAAGAUCUUAAUAGCAAACCGAGCUUUGAAUGCACAACAAUACGAAGGAGUUGGAGGGAGAGAUCAUACACGGCCAAGUCCAGUUAAUGAGGUAAGUGCUAUUUCGGAACUUCAAUCUCAAAUGGCUAAUCUCUCUACUCUUAUUUCGCAGGUUGUUGAAGGAUCCAAAGUGCAAAGUACAACCACUUGUAGCGUGUGCUCUAUGCAUGGGCACCCCACUGAUCAAUGUCCUCAAUUAAUAGAGAAUGGGGGAUGGGAAAGUGCCAAUGCCGUAGGUUAUCAAGGCCAAAAUCAACCUAGGUAUGACCCAUUUUCAAACACCUACAAUCUGGGCUGGAGAGAUCAUCCAAAUUUGAAGUGGAGGGAGCCUCAACAACAACAAGGCGGAUAUAGACAGCCACCUCUGGGGCUCUAUCAAAGGCCGUUUGCACCAGCACAACCUCAACCACAAACUGCCCAAUCAAAUUCAGGUUCGCCAUUGGAUAAUGAUCAAAUGCUUAAAGUACUAACUUCUUUGACUCAGGGUUUACAAAAUCAAGCCAAAGAGAUGAGCGAAGUGAAGAAGCAAAUUGGGCAGAUGGCGGAGUUCAUGGGACAGUUUAGAGAAGAAGGCAAACUACCUAGCUCAACCAUUGUCAAUCCAAAAGGAGGUUUUGAAACGGCUAAAGCUAUCAUCUUGAGGAGUGGUAAAGAGAUUGGAACCAAUCCCAAAAUGUCCAAACAAAGCCCAAAAGAGAACGAAAAGUUGUUGCUCAAAGAGGAGGAGGUGGACAAAGCCACGGCAAGGGAGGAACAUAGCGUGACGAAACGAGUUCGUAGACAUGCAGUGCACUCGAUUCCGAGUUGUAUUGAGGGAGAUACGGUCAAAAUACGUUUAGGGGCAAAAUGCCAUGGCCACUUCAAGCACCAGCCACAUACCACGGCCGGCCACGGGACCGGUCAGGCUAGGACCGCCGUCACCCCAUCCUUCAGUUCCUCCGCAUCCCAGCCCCCGGCAACAGCUCCGGCCGCCGGAAACAGCCGGUUUUUGACAGAACUUUCGAGCUCUCGUUCUCUGUCGUCCGGUCACCAAAUCGGACGAGUGAGGUAUGGUUUUCUAGCAAUUUUCCAUGAUCUAGCUGCUGGUUGGGUCAAGAACAGAGGAAAGAACUACGUGUGGCUUGAUCCUUCAGUAAGGCUUAUGGUUUUCAAACCCACCACAGCGUACCCCCCAGUUGCCUUGAGACAGUUGGCUAUUUUGCCCCACGAGUUUCGGGGACGCCUGAACCGUGUGGUGCUAGUUUACAGUUGUUAUGAUAUUGCCCCACGAGUUUCGGGGACGCUCGAACCGUGUGGCGAGGAUAGCGGCUCAGGCUGGCUAAUGGCCCCCAGAGACCUGCCAGGAUUGCGGCUCAGGCUGGCCCCCUGA